GCCCCCCGCGCCGGCCGGGGACGCCCUCGCCGUCUCUCUGUCGCGGGGCCUCUCCCUUUUCUCUCUCGUUUGGGUCCUGGUUGUGAAUUCACCCAGGGUCCAGGAUGACAAUCCGACACCAAGGCCAGCAGUACAGGCCGAGGAUGGCAUUUCUCCAGAAGAUUGAAUCCCUCGUGAAGGACAUGCAGGACCCAGAGACAGGGGUCCGAGUGCAGAACCAGAAGAUUUCAGUCGCCAGCAUCCCUCACGCCAUGACGGGAAGCGAUGUCCUGCAGUGGAUCACCCAGCGGCUCUGGAUCUCCAAUCUGGAGGCCCAGAACUUGGGCAACUUCAUUGUCAAGUACGGCUACAUGUACCCCCUGCAGGAUCCCAAGAAUCUCGUUCUCAAGUCUGACAGCAGCCUCUACCGAUUUCAAACGCCGUAUUUCUGGCCCACCCAGCAGUGGCCGGCGGAAGACAUAGACUACGCCAUCUACCUGGCCAAGCGAAACAUCAAGAAGAAAGGGAUUUUAGAAGAAUAUGAGAAGGAAAACUACAAUUUCCUGAACAAAAAAAUUAACUACAAGUGGGACUUUGUCGUUAUGCAGGCCAAAGAGCAGUACAGGGCUGGAAAGGAGAGGAACAAAGCUGACAGGUAUGCGCUGGACUGCCAGGAGAAGGCGUAUUGGCUGGUCCACCGAUGCCCGCCAGGAAUGAACAACGUGCUGGACUAUGGCCUGGACCGAGUGACCAAUCCGAAUGAAGUUCAGAAACAAACAGUCGUUUCUGUCAGAAAAGAGAUCAUGUAUUACCGACAGGCCCUCAUGAGGUCCACGGUGAAGUCCUCCGUGUCCCUUGGAGGGAUCGUCAGGUACAGCGAGCAGUUUUCAUCCAAUGACGCCAUCAUGUCAGGCUGCCUGCCCAGCAAUCCUUGGAUAACAGAUGACACCCAGUUCUGGGAUUUAAACGCCAAAUUGGUGGAAAUCCCAACCAAGAUGCGCGUGGAACGAUGGGCCAUCAACUUCAGUGAGCUGAUCCGAGACCCCAAGGGUCGUCAGAGCUUCCAGUACUUUCUCAAGAAAGAAUUCAGUGGGGAGAAUCUGGGAUUCUGGGAAGCCUGUGAGGACCUGAAGUACGGAGAUCAGUCCAAGGUCAAGGAGAAAGCGGAGGAGAUUUACAAGCUGUUCCUGGCCCCGGGGGCAAGACGGUGGAUAAACAUAGACGGCAAAACCAUGGACAUUACGGUCAAGGGGCUGAAGCACCCCCACCGCUACGUGCUGGAUGCCGCACAAACCCACAUUUACAUGCUCAUGAAGAAGGACUCUUACGCUCGCUAUUUAAAAUCCCCAAUCUAUAAGGAAAUGCUGGCCAAAGCCAUCGAACCUCAGGAAACCACCAAGAAAAGCUCGAGCCUCCUGUUUAUGCGACGUCACCUGCGCUCCAGCCCGAGCCCCGUCAUCCUCAGGCAGCUGGAAGAGGAAGCCAAGGCUCGAGAGGCAGCCAACACCGUGGACAUUACCCAGGUCAUGAGCAAGCUGGACCGCAGGAGCCAACUCAAAAAAGAGCUGCCCCCCAAAUAAAUCCACCGCCAUUCCCGGGGAGGGGGGUUGGGUGGAGGGGCACGUGGGCAAGGCCAGCAAAGAGGCAGGUCAGAGUCUAGAGGAGUCCCUUCGGCAUUCGUGGGGCAGUGGGCCAGUCAGAGUCUCCCCGAUGCCUCUGCCCUCCAUCAUGGGUUUCCUGGUCCCACUGCAGCAGCUCACCGAGGCGCCCGCUGGGCAUGGUAGGGGAGGCAUCUGACUCAUGGGGCUGUGAGAUGGUGUGUCUCACCUUAGGGAGCUUUUGGGAGGGAGACCCAGAGAGGAAAGGCCGCCUUGUGCACCGCCAUGGGCUUGGGAAAAUUAACCAGAAGCCCUCUCCCCACCCCCAAGGCCUUGUUCAUUCUGGCAGGUCUGUUUCCAAUAGCUUCAUGAAGCCCCUCAUCCUAUCUCUGAGGCAGUGGGGGGGGUCCCCCCAAGGGGCAGACUGCAGGGCUCUGCACAGAUGCCCUGCUCUUGGGCCUCUCUGUACAUCUGCCUGGAAAAGCUCGGCUGAGGCAUUUCUGCUGAGCUUGUUCCUGGUCCUGGUUUUGGAGGGUUGGUGGGCUCCCUCCUCUCCUUUUGUGUCCCCAUCGCAAAAGGAGAUGAUGCCAGGGGAAUUGGUGGCUUGUCGGAAUGAGGGACUCAGGUGGGAGGCCUCUGGGACGGUCAAGGUGAAAUGAGCUUCCAGGAGUGCCCCUCCCUUUGGAUAAAGGACAUGGGGAGGGGGCUGGUAGAGGUCUGGGGAUUUUCACAAGGAAUCAGAGUCAAAGGAAAUACUCUCUGGGAUAUUUUCUAGAUGUUGGAUCUUCCCUCCUCUGUAGCUUUAGAUGAGGCCAGCCUGCGGUCAGGGACGGUGGGGGCGGGGGUGGUCAGAACAGUUCCAAUUCUGACCUUGGAGCCCUAGAAGGUAAUUCUCGAAGUUGGGUCUGCCCCUGUACACGGGUGUAAUAUUGCAAAAGAGCUAGAAUGAGUCGAUGAGCAAGGGACAAACCCUGUACAUCCAGAAGACUCAUUGUUCAACACCUUAACUGAGCACCUACUAUGUGCCAGGCAUUGGUGAAUAACACAGACAUGGUCACUGCCUCAUGGGGUGUAUAGUCUGGGACUCAUGAAAAAAAUCAUGAAGCCAACUAUAGCACAUAGCUGUUGCUGUGUAGCAAAUGACCACAAAACUGGAGUGGUAUGUAAGAAUAAGUGUUUAUGGCUUAUCCAUGUGGAUGGAUAAGCCAUAUGGAUCAUCUCUGGGGCUGUGUUGAUCUUGGUGGGGCUCGAACUGGGGUGGCCUAGGCUGGGAUGAGUGGACGGUUUCUGCUCACACGUCUCUUAGCCUUCAAUAGCCUGGCCUAAGCACGAGCCUGUGACGAUGGCAGAAUUGCAGGGGAGUAGUUAGGAGCAUGUGAGGUUCUUGUGAUGAAGGCUUGGAACCCGUACCUCAUCUUAUUAACCAAAGCAAGUCACAAAUCUAGCCUCGAGGCGAGGGGUGGGGAACAUGGUUCUACCUCUUCCCUGAGAGGAAUUUCACAACCUUGCGGUAAAGGACAAGGAGACGGCCUAAGGAGGGCGGAAGCAAUCCUUGCAGUCAACAACUCAAACACAUAAGAGGACAAAAGCUGGAGAAUAUGCUUCAAGGGAAUGGAUGUGGUGCUAGGACAGGGAAGAUGGGGCGAGUGUAGACCAAAGAGGUGGUGACAGACAAGAGGAGUUGGCCAUACGGAGUGUGGGCUGGGCAGGAAGAACUUGUCCAGGUGAGGGGACUGCUUGAGGUGGGGAAUGGCUCAGAGCGGAUUGAAAGGCCAGGGGAAUGGAGCCUGGUGGACAUGGGGGAAGUGGUGCCAGAUGAGGUUAGAGAGGUGGGAAGGGCAGGUGAUCGAAGACUUUCUAGGCCAUUGUAAGGAGUUUGUGGCUCUUGGUUUCAUGUUAGAAAAACGAUCUAUUACUUCCCCCAUGUUCCCUGGUCAUAGACUCUGAAAGAGCACCUAGAAAUAUGCUGUAUUCAUCUCUGUUUUGAAGAAUGUUGGAGUCUUCUAACGCAGGGAGGGCACCCUAAGCAGAAAUUUCAGGUGAUGAACCAUUGUAAACCGAGGAACAUGAGGGGAGAGACCCGAUCUCACUCACUGUUUGGAGUCUAAUGCCUGAGAUGUAGUGAAUUCUGCAUAAACAUAUUACGAGGGUAAUAUGAUGAUGGUUGGAUGGA